AUGAGCACCCACGACAGCAGUUCGGGGCCCUCGAACCCGGUCCAUCACAUUCUGCCCAGCGGCACCGACACUAGUCCCAAGCCACACCAUGGCGGGCACGGCGGGCACAGCGAAAAUGGAGGUGGUGGGCUUCUCACUAUCCACCACGAAGGCGAGUCCGGACGCUCAGGAAUCCACCCCAUGUCAUUCCUACGCAUCCUCUUCCGCAGCUCCUCCAAGGUCUCCAUGAUGGUGAAUGUGUUGUGGCCACUCGUGCCGGUCGCCAUUGUCUUACACUACCUACCAGGCCACCACUCGCACACGCUGCAGAAGUGGGUGUUUGCGAUGGCGUACUUGGGGAUAAUCCCGGCCGCGAAUCUGCUCGGGUUCGCCGGCCAGGAGCUGGCGCGGAAGAUGCCUAAAGUCGCGGGGAUUCUGAUCGAGACCGCCCUGGGCAGCAUCGUCGAGAUCGUGCUGUUUGUCAUCUUGAUCGCCAAGCACCGUGAUCCCGAGCCUGGAGACGACGAUAACUCGGCCGAGGAAGGGAACCUGAUCCCCGUCAUCCAGGCCGCGAUCCUAGGCUCUAUCCUCACGAAUCUGCUGCUGUGUCUGGGCCUAUGCUUCUUCUUUGGCGGCAUUCGUCAGAAGACGCAGACCUUCCACGCUGCGGUCAGCGAAGUCGGUUCGGGUCUUUUGCUCGUCGCAGGCUUCGGCCUCCUGAUCCCCAGCGCAUUCUACUCUGCCUUGAAAGGUGAAACCCGCGCUUUGGGCAAAUUCACCAGCCAGAAACUCCAAGAUGAUGUCUUGAAAAUGAGCCAGGCGACAAGCGUGAUCUUGAUCAUCUCCUUCGCCAUCUACAUCAUCUUCAACGCGCGGUCGCAGCACAGCAUCUUCGACGAGAUCCUCGAGGCUGAUGAGCUGCGUGACGAAGACCACGCGUACGACCUUGCAAAGGAGAAGUUGACCUUCAGCGAGUGUGUGCUUGCCAUCGUCGCCAGUCUGUUCUUCGUCACACUGCUCGCCUUCUUCCUCGUCGAGCAGAUCGAACUCAUCGUCCACUCCGGCGUGCCCGACCAAUUCCUCGGCUUGAUCCUCCUGCCGCUCGUCGAAAAGGCCGCCGAGCAUCUCACGGCGAUCGACGAGGCUUGGGACGGUCAGAUGAACUUCGCGCUCUAUCACUGUCUCGGACCGUCCAUCCAGACCGCGCUGUUCAAUGGUCCGCUGGUCGUCAUCGUCGGCUGGGUGCUCGGCAAGAAAAUGGACUUGAACUUUGAAAUCUUCAUGGUCGCUCUGCUGGUCCUGAGCAUCCUCGUCGUCGGCAAUUUCUUAAGGGACAAGGAGAGUAAUUACCUUGAGGGGGCCUUGUUGGUGAUCGUCUACCUCAUCAUUGCCAUCGCCGCGUGGUUCUAUCCAGACCCGGACGUCGCAACCUCGAAUGACUUUGAGGGCCUCAUGCCGAUUGCUGGUGCCGCUGCUCAGGCUACGCAGGCUGUCGUGCAGCAGUUCGUCGCCCAGCAGGUGGGCCCGACUGUUGUUGAGCUGUGA